GGUAUGAACACUCGCCGAAGUCUCUUCUUUCCUCCGAGGUGGCUAAAGUGUCCCCGUGUAGGAGGCCUUCUUGUUGACCUAUUUAUUCCUUUCAAGACCCCUCUUGAUCACAAGUACGCCGACUUCAUUCCUUCUGAUGAAAUUUUUGAUGUCGAUAGUUUGUUCGACUACAUAAAGCCGUACCAGUUUGGUCUUGUCUUUGACCUUACGAAGUCGACUCGCUUUUACCAUCGGAGAGAGAUAGAAGAUCAUAACUGCACCUAUGUAAAGAUUGCCUGCAAGGGCAAUGAGGAAUGUCCCACAGAAGAACAGGUUAACCUCUUCAUUGGUGUAGUAAACAAUUUUGUGUCAAAGAACAAAGAAAACGGAAAGAAGAUUGGUGUUCACUGCACUCAUGGUUUUAACCGGACAGGCUUCAUGAUAGUGGCUUACCUUGUUCUUGAAUGCAACUAUAGUUUGGAGCUUGCUUUAAAGUUGUUCUCUGAUGCUCGACCUCCUGGGAUCUACAAAGCAGACUACCUCAUGGAACUUUACAAACGAUUUGACGAUCCUGACGACUGUCCUCCUGCUCCAGAACUCCCUGACUGGUGCUACGAAGAAGCGUUUCAAAGCGCCACCUCUUCUACACCUUCAAGGAAACGCAAGCACGAUACUGGUGUUGAUGAUGAAAAUGAUGGCGAAGAUAUUACCGGCGGUGGUGAGAAAAAUGGAGUUGUUGCCUCCAACUCUGCCUUCACCACGCGUCUACCACCAACACCGCCAGGCCAGCCUAAGUUGAUGGAGGGUGUGACAGAUGUGGAAACGCUUGACCAAGCCUCCGAGGAGGCGCAUCUCGUGCGCACUGUGGUUGACUACCUCAUCAGGCUGGGUGGUGUUUGGCUUCGCAACGAGGGCUCAGAUCAAGAUUCCCUGUAUCCUCCCGUCUCUAGUCUCUCUGAGGCCAUUCUUCGCGAGCCCCUCAAUCUCCCACUCAAUUGUGAUCCCACACUCCGUUUUCGUGGAAGCCAACCAGUCUCCAUGACUCGUCGCAACGCUCGCCUCAUUGUAGACAGCCCCUACGCGGUGACAUACAAAUCGGAUGGGAUUCGCUACCUUAUGCUUAUUCAUGGCCCCCGGCGAAUCUACCUCAUUGAUCGAGGCAAUUUCGUCUACAAGGUAGGAUGCUUAGAGUUUCCCACGGCAUUGUGGUUGCAAAAGGCCUUAAAGGCUCAGCAGAAUGGUACUCCUGUGACUGAUUUUAUGACCGAGCCAGGCGGGCAUUUGGUGAAUACCCUGUUGGACGGUGAGCUCGUGGCCUUCGAUAACACUCCCGAGAGACCGAUCAAGUUCCUGGUCUUCGAUGCUAUGGUGAUUCAGGGCUAUCCUUGUGGCAGAGAGCCGUUCGGAAGUCGAUUGAAUUAUAUUGAGAGAUUUGUCAUUCGACCUAGGAAUGAUGCAGGGCACAAGGACUUGGUAAAUUUUACCAAGCAGGCGUUUUCUGUGCGAAAGAAAGUCUUCUAUCCUUUGGGCUAUGUUUCCAAGCUUAUUAAUCCUAACCGAGAAGCAUUACAACAUGAGACUGAUGGACUAAUCUUCCAGCCGGCGGGACCACAGGAUGUCUAUGUGUUAGGCACCUGCAAUGAGACGCUGAAGUGGAAGCCACCGGAAUUGAAUACCAUUGACUUUCGCUGCCGCAUCCGCUUCCACACUGCGCUUGGCGAGGUGAGUCGAUAUGUAGGGGAGUUGUAUUUGAGCGGCUCUUCGGUGCCAAGCGCACAUCUGGCGCGUGUGACCUCGAGGGACCAGGACCUCAACGGAAAGAUCGUGGAGUGCUAUGUGGACCCCACCAUUCAAGGUUGGAAGGUGCUGCGUGUGCGUACUGACAAGACCGAGCCCAAUCAUCUCUCUGUUGGCCGGCGUAAGGCCAGUAUAUCCUUUUCCCUUUCAGUGAUAAUGGAGAGCAUUCAGUACCCCGUGAAAUCGGAUGACUUAAUCAGACUGGUGUCAAUGCAGCAUCAGACCUACAUGCGUGAAAAGGAGGAGCAUGCAAAAGAAGCUCCGGCACCUAGUACCUCCCAUGGUGCUCCCAUCCCCUAG